GCGGUCGCCUCACAGUAACCAGUCCCCACAGUCCAGGCUCUCUGUUUCCAGUAGGAGAGACUGUGGUGCAGUACACCGCUACUGAUGCAGCAGGAAACAGCCGCACAUGCAACCUCACAGUAACUGUCCAAGGGACAACGUGUGACCAGCCGUACGUCCCAGUGAAUGGAGAGUUCGUCUGUUCUGAAGAGGAGGAAGGAGUCAACUGUACUCUCCACUGUAAAGACGGCUAUAGCCUCACUCAGGAUGCUGUCCACAGCUACUUCUGUGCCUACAACGGCAUCUGGGAGCCAGCCUACUCUCCAGACAGACCAGACUGUUCAUUGAACCGUAUAGCCAACAACGGGUUUAAGCCCUUCGAGAUGCUCUUUAAAGCAUCUCACUGUGACGACGUGGACCUCGUCAAGUCAUUUACUGGAGAGUUCAACAGCAAACUGGGAGGCAUGCUGCCUAAAAUUUGUGGCAAUGACGAUGUCACCUGCAAGCUGGAGGUGAUGUCACAGGGUCACUGUCUGGAGUACAAUUACGACUAUGAGAAUGGAUUUUCUAUUGUACCAGGAGGUUGGGGGGACAACUGGGGCACUCAGGGCUCCCAGGACUAUGCCUACUUUGAAUCUGGCUUUGCCACAAGCACCCGGCAGCUCCCCACUCAGAACCAAGACGGCAGCAUGCAAGUUCACCACCGCACCAAGAGGCACAGAAAGAUCAAAGGCCCGACUAAAGACCACAAGAUCCAGAUCUACUUCAACAUCACAGCAAGCAUCCCUCUGCCCCUGUCGAGGAACGACUCAAUAGAAGUGGCCAAUCAGAAGAGGCUCUUGGAAAAAUAA